UGCGGUGAUAGUUCUCUUCCUGUGUGCGAUAGUUUUGAAUUCAUAUGUUCUCAAAAUUUUCAUAAAUGUUGUGACGCUGCUAAACUUUCAUCUAAAUUCUUUCGAUGGAUUUUUCAUUCAUCCCAUUGGCCUUCUGUUAACUCGACUAGCGCACUCUUUAAGGUCUUUCAAGGGCCUAUCUUUGGCCAGCGCUGGGUUUGUAUUCCAUGUUUGAUAUAAACUCCGCUUUUCUGUCUCUUCAGCUUCCUUCUUAUUAUGUUCAGGCCUAUUACGCUAACGCCAGUCUUCAGGUGUCCUCUGUGGUGUUGCAUGACGGGAAAUCUUGAGAGAGGACAAAAUUAUGCUCCUUUUAGGGAGGGGCAGGGGCGUUGACACUUUCACACUUUCCUGAUCCCAACCCAUACUGAAAGUUUUCUUUUUAGUAUUAUCGCGUGCUUGACGGAUAACUCAAGCGGACAGCCUAAUACAUCGCGUCCUUAGACUUAGGAUUGGAAGGCCUGGGUUCGAGUCUUCUGUAAGACACUUAUCUCCUGGCAUGCAUGCCUCUCUCUCUCCUCUCAGGAGUAUAAAUGAGUUCUCGAUGAAUUGCCAAGGAAACCUGAUGAUAUAUUGAGUGGGAAAGGACUAUCAUCCCAUCCUGUUGGGUACAGCAACACCACUUGUCGCUUAAACUGAGAUUUGUUGCGCCAUUGCAAGUGUGGGCGAACUGGUUCAAGCAUAGAAUAGAAUAUUACCUCUCUUAUCUUUGUCCUCGGUUCUCUCAAUGCGGACACCAAUUUCACGUGAUUAUUUCCCAUCACUUUGUUAUAUUUUUCAUUAUUCUAUUUCAUUCAUGUUUUUUCUCUCUCCCACUCUCUCACACGACGAUGUGAAGCUGAUAAAAAGUUCUUUUCUGUCCCGGUUGAGAACACAUUCUUUUACUGUUGUGGUCGGUGAUAACCCACUUGAAGAAGAAUUGUUUCAACCAUGAUGUCAAGAUGGAAACAGGUGUCUUCUCUUGUUCGCUCUAAAGCACUGGCCCCAUCUGUGGUGAGUAUUUUAAAACUUCUUCCAGAACCCAUUAUGCUCUCAAACAUUCAAACACACCAUCAUGCCUUAACGUUCACACCAUCAUACCUUAACUUUCAAAGGUCUUCAUAUUGCAUGCAGCCUUCGAGUUACACGUUCACCCCAAACAAAGAUGAAGUCAUUGAUUCAAGUUACCUUCUGCGCGAUGCUAAGAAAUCAACCAAGUGCAGAACAAAAACACGAAAAGGCAAAGAUCCUCUUUGGAACGAACAGUUCUUAAUCGUUGGCGUCAAUUAUCAUGACAUAAAGCGAAGAGCGCUCGAAGUAUGCAUCGCCGACGGUCAUUUUUCCAGCGGAAAAAAGGAAAAGCUUUUCGGGGGUGUUCGGCUCAGUCUCGGUUACAAGGCAGUCGUGGCUGCGCAAACCAAGCAAGUUAAUCAGGUGCUGCGGUUUCUAAAAGGAAAGGAAGCGAUGAGUGGUGAUGUGAACUCGAGCUUUGGUAAAUGGAAGAGAGCAAGUGGUAGGAAACCUGUGGCGGAUGACACAGGACAGGCAACAGAAGAGGAGAGAAAUGAAGGCACAGAAACGAUAGAUAGGCCAGGAAAUGCAAACAAAGUGGAUGAAAAAAGUGUUGUCACUGACAUGGCAAAUAGUAAAGAUGAACGUGAAGAGACAAAGCAGGAAAUUGUCGAGAGUGGACCGCAAAGUGCAUCGUCUGCCAGUACAGAAGUAAUGGCGACGGACCCUGUCCCAGAUCCCUCUCAGGAUGAGGCCAAGGCGAAUAACACCAGAAACCGCUUGGCUGAGCAACGCCUUUUCGAAGCAGUGAUGGCAUCUAUCAAGCACCUAGAACUCGCCGCACGUCAGACUGUAACGCAGUCAGAGUCCAGCGAAGAACAAGACAAAGGACUUGAAGAAAAACUUGAAAAGCAAGAAUCUCCCGAGAUUUCCACUCAGAGCAUCAACAACGGCACUGAUGAAGGAAAUAAUGAUUCGCAAGAAGCAGAUACUAGUGAUCCAACCCCUAACGCAGUAGAAACAGCAGACGAGAGUACAAGAAAUGAAAGUUGGAGAAGGAAUUCAUUGGAUACAACUAAAAAUUCCAAAAGCAAGAAUGUCCAAGAGAAGAACAUUUGGAACGAAGAUCAAACUCAACGAUGCAGCGACCAAGCUGAAGACUUGCUAAAUGUGAUCAAAAAUCAUAUAGCCGAUAGAGAAAAUCUGCCAACAAAUGAACCCGAAAAUUCCCGAACGGAACCCGAUCAAAUAUCGAAUGGACACAAAGGCAAUGAAGAUCAAUGUACUGAUGAGAGAAGCGCUAAGAAAGAAGAAAGUUUUCCUAAAAAAGGGUUGAAUCCUACUGAUACUAAAACAGAUAACUCGGUAGAAAUUCCUAAAGAAGAGCCCAAACAUUACUCUAAGCAUCCCACUCAGGAAAUAAAAACGGAAAAUCCUGAAAGCGAAAACAGUCUACCACAGAAGUCGACGAUUUUGAAGAAAUCGUCUGCAGGAGGACCAAACGACAUGAAGCGGAGCUCAUCCUUCACCUUGAAAGAUAUCGGAAAGAGGCUAAGCUUUAGGCGCAGCAGCAAAUCAGAAGUCAGCGGAGAUAGCAGAUUGGAGACGGGCUUACAAACAAAUGCAGACAAGAUGAUGUUAGAUGCUCAAGGACUCGAAAUAACCCAAUGGACGCUUGUCGUGUCUCGGCCGAAGGAGUGGCACUACUGUUGGCACAUCCUCAGAUCUGAAAUGACCAUUCUACACUAGACAUUAAUCUCGUCAAUCGUUAAGGAGCCUCGAUUAGUCAGAGGGCUGGUCAAUUAUGCUCUAACCGCUGAUUAAAAGGCACUUAGAGACAGGAGGGCUCAAGUCUAGGCUUGCCUCGGUCAACACUAGCCGUGGAGGUCUGGGUCGAGCAUUGAUAUAAAGUGCAAGGAAAGGCACAAACUUAAUAAUUAAAUUAGGACUUUGAAGUCAUAAAGGUGAAGUUGAGUGUAGAUGUUGACUUAACAAUUGCAAUCUACUUCGUGUUCGACAUCGAGUAGGUUUAGCUCAUACAUCUCCUACAGGUAAUCUGCUGAACUGUCAACUACAAAAGCAUCCAUAAACGUUAAAAUCGAGAAAUAUGACCUGAUCUUUUUGUUAAGGAUCUUAGUCAUUCUUAUUUAUGAUAAUAACUUUGUUAAUAGCACUAUUAACGAAAGUAUAUUAAUGAUGAUAUUAGAGAUAUAAUAGCAAUUAUAAUGAUAAUGAGUGAAAAAUGAUGUAAACUAAAUCAUGACCACCAGUAGGUUAGUUUCCUACGUUUUCUCACUUUUUAGUGUUAGGUAUAUCAGCUUUUAGAUUCCAUAAAUGAUAUCUUCCAUAAAUCUGCUACAAAAAUCUAACAACUGAUAUUAGAUGCGCAUGCAUGACAAACCUGCGUUUUUCACUUUCUAAUAACUUAGUGAAUAGUCGUAAGAGUUUUAAUGUUUAUUAUGAAAUUAUAUUAAAUGUUAAGGAAUUUUUAACCGCAUUCAUUUGAGAAUUAAAAAUUAAGAAUAAGAAAAAA